CGUGACUACAGGAUACGCAAAAUGUAUCGAUAGCUACAUUUAAAAAAUGGUGGUAAUGUCAAGUUUUUCUUCUCACCUUGUACAUCUUUGGAGGUGCCUAUGUUCCGUCUACGGCACGAGAGAUCGGACACACUUCAUCAUAGGACCAUUUUGUAGCUUCGACCAGGAGGAGCGUCAAUCGGCGGCCCGAAAAAUCCAGGCAUUCUGGCGUUCACACCAGGACAGGCGGCUUUUCAGUCUGCUGUUAAGCACCGUUCGCGCAGCUGAGCAUUCUGUUGCGCCUGCUGUUCUCUGCCAGCUUAGCCCAAGAGAGGCCCUCUUGUUGAGAGACCCCAGCAUUCAUUAUAAAGUCAGAUUGAGGUUCGCAGGUUCCCACUUUCCUCCUGUAGUGGUCUUCAAGAUUAUUGAUCUGAAAGGAGGGAAGUACCUUUCUGGCAAGAAGCUGUUCUGCUCCUCAAAUCAGGCCACAGCAGAGACAUGUAGGAUUAUGGGAAACAGGAAGUUCCUUGAUAUGCUCAUUACUGAUGAGAUCCAGAGCCAAGAAGGGAAGAUUGUGGACAUGAUGGAUGUUCUAAGUAAGAGGGAUUAUAUGCAGUUCAAUAGCCACCUGGAUGAGCUGCCAGCACACCUGGGUGGGAGAGAUAAUGGCUGGAGAACCGUUGCCCUAAAACGGUUGUGGCGGGACAUCCUGCGACACAAAAGGGGUGAAAAUGGCUUCAUGGCAAGCAGACUAAGAAAGAAGCUCCUGUCAGUAACCCCAGGGGGCAGUUCUGUGCAGGGAAGAAGGACCCCUCGACUGCACAGGUAUGGUGCAGUGGGAUCCACCCCCCUACCAUCCUCCCGCCGUUCCUCCAAGGCCUGCAAAAUGGCCACCCAGAGGAAACAGCUUUAUGCCUCAAACAAAGAGAGCAAGGAGGAAGAGGAGGAACAGGAGAGAAAACGAGAGGAAAUCAAUGAGGAAGGAAUAGGGGAGGUGGAAAAAGACACUGGGCGACACCCGAGGCUCGAGGCACCACAAACAAAGCAGUUAGUGAUGCCUGAGGAUGACUCUACAGAUUCUGAAUGGGAAGAAGAGGUGGAACGUUUGUACUCCUGGACAAAAGGGCUCUCUCUGAGUGACAUGGAAGUAUCACCUCCUGAUCAUGCAGAUCAAUUGUCAAUGCAGACCCAAACAGACAGACAGUAGUAGGAAGCAAUAUAACGUACUGGCAUGGUUUUUCUGUCCUUGAGCAAAUUACUUAAUCCUAGCCUCUUCAGCAAAUAUCCAGCUGAAUAGACAAUGCAUGCAAAUGUAUGAUUGCUUACUUAGAUGUUAAACUUACUUCUCACACAAAAAAACAUAAUUAAACAGCCUAAAAUGGAACAGGUGAUUUUGCAGACCAUAUUUAUCAAGUGCCCUGAUGAAAAGAAAUAGUCUAAGAGUUUAUUUCUCACAGUAAAUGAAAGCUGACAAAAAUUUUAUUUUACUUUCAUGGUAAACCUAAUAUGACCAAGCCCCCCCCCCCAUCAAAUGGACAAUAGAGUAGUCAUGCAUGUCUGGUCCAGAACUGACUGCCUACCACAUGAAAUUACUUUAUGUGAUUACCAGGAAAAGUGAGGUUAAUGGCACUGAGAGCUGACAUAGCAUUUGCCAAUGGACGCAAAUCCUAAAUAUUUAGUCUCUUUAGUCCACUAUAAGAAGAUUUAGGUCUGAAACACCCAGUAGGAUCAUUCUGCACAACUGUACCAUUUACAUUUACCAGAUGUUUCCAAAUGGGUUUAGCAGAGUAAGAUUUUUUUUUCCUGCUGUUGUUUAUCUUUAAUGCCCAUGUUCCCUCUAUCAAUGCAUAUUCCAGUGUCAGUCUUACAAAUUUAGAAAAUGUUCCAGUUACAUUUUGAUAUAAAUGCUGGAAGGUGAAAAUUUUGUGUUUUACCACUCUCUACUUGGUCAUGGUCCUCAAACUAUUUCUCUCCCCUCAGGCAGUAGCACCGAGUGAGUCCUGAAAAUGCCACAGUGAAACAAAGAGCAGCCCUAGCCCCCUUUCUCAGGGACUGCAGAGACUCUCGAUCUAGCAGCAGGGAAGUCAGUGAGAGUGGUGUGGAAAUCAUCACUGAAAAGUGUUAGCGUAAGCACAGGGACGUGGAAACCCAGUGAAAAAUCACCCCUUUGUGUUGAAAAGUGCGACGCUGACCUUGCUCCGUUUUACUGCCCUGUGAGAGAGGAUGUGUUACCACCCUUGUGUACAGCCUUGUGAGGAAGUGACAUCACAUGUUAUUAUAGACCAACCAGAUGGUCAUUACCCAUGUUCCUUCCUGCUUCCCUUUUUCUUAUCUAUAGGAGUAUCUGGCGCUUCAGAAAUUCCAUCAAAGCCGUUCUCUACUUAAAUAUGCCCGUUGAAUUUUCACAAGCCACAUCAAAUUGGAUAACUUAUGCAUUAAUGAAAAUGAAAAUAUAGGAAACUCUUAAUGUCAAGAAUACAGUACUGACCAUCUGGUUAGUUUAAUAAUAUCUGAAGUGACAUCACCAUACUGUACAGCAGUGAACACAAAAAAAGAAUAUAAUAGAUAGAUAGAAAUAGAUAAUUCCAGUUAUUAAGCUGUGGAUGGUAAAUGUUUCAAAAAGAAAUUACUCAAGAGAGAUGAUCUAAUUUGUUCAAUAUUGCACACAUGAAAAUCCCCCACUCAAAAAAUGCACAUUUAAGAAAAUGCUUUUUCCAAAAAUACAUUUAUGAUAAAUAAAACAGAAACCAUGAGUUGUACUUACACAAUUAACACAAAGUCACAUAAAAAUACAAAUAAAAUAUGAUAUUAAAUUAUACAAAAAUAAAUAAAACACAUGAGAAUAAAUAUUGCAUAAAGCAGCAGAAAUGAGAAUAAUGUGGCUUCUGGAAUGUUAGGUGACAAGACUCUGCCCUGCCUACCUGCCUUUUAAAGACCUACUCUCUCUCAAAUCAGAUUGGAAUGGCAGGACUACACUUCCUGUUCAUUCCCACCAAUAGCAAACACAAAGCCCAGGCAACCCACACACUCCAUUGUCUAAUCCACAGCAUUAGCCACUAUGUGCAAAAUCACUGCAUUACAUCACAGUGCACCUUCAACAGAGCUAGCAGUUCCCUACUGUCACUGCUAAAACAAAUGUGUGAUAAAGGUUUGUAAAUUAAAGGGACUAGUCAUUACAAUGAAGUUACGUUGUCCCUACCAUCAUGCUACAAUGUAUCCAUAAUGAAAACAUCCAAAAACCAAGCAUAUAAGGUCACCAGGCCCAGGAACUAGACCAGCAAUCAUUCUCUCAGCAAAUCUGAAAAUAUUUAUUGAGGAAUUAUUAUUAAUAGUGGUUCACUAAACCUGUAAUUUUUUCUAAAUGCAGCAUCGCUGUCGUCUAUCAGUGCAGAUGUGGUGAGGUGAGCUUCACAAUUCAUUCUGAUGAAUGGAGGCAGGCGGGAAUGAAGUGAGCAAUAUUAGACUCCGCUUCAAACAAAAUGUAAAGAAUAUGAAAAUACAUCAAGGUUUUUAAGAAGUAAAUGUGUUUAAAUAAGUCAUGAUAGGCUCCUGUAUGUGCACUGCUGGCUCCAGAUGAUUUGUGAGAAAAGGCAGACUUAUUGCAUAAAAUCAAAAUGUUUGGUUUUCUCUCAUGCAUUAAAGAUGGUCACACAGUAA